UGCCUAUGGAAAAUGAGUGUGAGAACGAGGCUAGACGAAGUUCAAGCGUCUCUUCCUUUCAGUUGGAUGUAUUACCAUACCAAUUAAAUAAAAUAUACAACUAACAGUCUUGCAGUAAACUGUGCCGUCUAUCAAGCGACACUGACAGUGACGGUCAUUUCUGAUUUUGUCCUCAGCCUAUCAACGAAGUAGAAAGAGUCGGGAGCGCCGUCUAAAGAUGAAGCAACCAGGAAGUGUUGUAGCAAUUUAACCGUUGCUCCUAGCUAUGUCUGUUAUGAAACUCCUGGGCACCACCCUGGGAAAAGCGACCGGGCUCUUAACAGUCGUAGUUGUUGUCAUUGCAGCGGUUUUGAAUUAUUUCGACGACCCUGAUCCGGUUGAAUACACCAGCAUGGCUGAGGACAUGAAGACCCUGGAGGACAACUUCAGGCAGCAAAAUAAAAGCUGUUUCAUCCUUGGUGCCUCUGGGGAAACAGGCAAGCUGUUGCUUCAAGAGCUGCUGGAGCGCAACAUCUUCUCCAAGAUUACUCUCAUCGGAAGGAGACAGCUCACCUUUGAGGGCAAAGCAUAUGAAAACCUGGUACAAGAGGUGGUGGACUUUGAAAAGCUCGAUGAUUAUGCUGCUGCCUUCCAGGGCCACGAUGUUGGCUACAGCUGCCUGGGAACAACCAGAGCAAAAGCAGGGACUGAAGGAUUCAUCCGCGUUGAUCACGACUAUGUUCUAAAAUCAGCCGAGCUCGCCAAGUCAGGAGGCUGCACACAGUUCCACCUGGAGUCCUCCAGAGGAGCCGAUAAAAACAGCAACUUCCUCUACCUCAAAGUCAAGGGACAAGUGGAAGCAGACAUUGAGGCACUGGGUUUUGACAGAUAUGCCAUUUACAGACCAGGGGUUUUGUUGGUAGAUAGGCAGGAGAGUCGGCCUGGUGAGUGGCUGGCCAGGAAAUUCUUUGGUGCCUUUUCUGCUGUGUGUUCUACGUCCAUGUCCAUCCCAAUCCAAGUGGUGGGAAAAGCGAUGGUGUCAAACACUCUGCUUCAACCUGAGCAGAAGACGGAGAUCCUGGAGAAUGGAGCCAUCGCCAGUCUGGGAAAGAGUGCAGGGAAAUAAGAGAGAGCAGGAAAUACACUGAGGUCAUUUCAGCAGAUAUACUGAGAUGACUACACACUGCAAAUACUAAUCACGUCAUUGCCAUGUCAAAGGAUUUUCAAAUUACUUGAAAAUGUACAUACAUAUAUCCAUGGAUUUUGCAAUUGUCAGAAAACCAAAGGGUAUUUCCAUGAAAGUACUUGACUGUAGUGGGUCUGCUAGAUUCUUUAUGGAGAAAACAACCUGUGAAGCUAGCAAAACAUUUAAUCUUGAAAUUGUAUUUGCGUUUCAUUUAUUUGGUCUUGAAUGAUAUUGUAAUAUUUUCCUAAGGGAACUAUUGCCAGGCUUUUUGAUGUUCACCAUUUGUGCUCUUGAGAUAUCACACUGAACAACUGCCUUAAAGUAAAUGCUUAAGUUUAUUCUACACUACAUUGAAAUAUUGGACAUUUUCAACAUGUUUUCAUUAAAUUAUUAUAAAUUUAA